AUUAAACUUGGAUGGCAGGGACUUGACGCGCGCUGCAGCAGAAAUAACCGCCGGCGCACCGACCACACAUCAUAUCUCGGAGGCCCAAAGUGUUUGGAGCAGCCUCGUACCUCACAAAAGCCUCUGCAAGGCCUGCAAACAAAAAAGGGCAAAGCAGGGCAUCGGCACGCGGCGCCCCGGACAUUCAGCCUCUGCGAGCGAAAGGGCAAAAGAGGCAGCGACCAAUGGGCUUCGCCGACACGGGCAAGCUCGGCGUGGCGGUGCGACCGCGCGUCUACAGCGACCGCCUGCCGAAGAACGUCGCGCAGCCCGGCCUCGAGGGCAAGAAACUUUUUCAGAUCGGCGGCGUGAACCCGACGAUCUUCAACCUCGACGCCGCGCUCCACGCGAAGAUCACGCAGAGCGAGUACUUCAAAUGCUUGUAUGUGUUCAAGACCUUCGACAAGGUCGUGGAUUUGAUAUAUGAGAAGGUCACGUACGUCGAGCCCUUCACGCAUCGCGGCGCCUCCACCAAAAGAUCGCUCCAGAAGCAGCCGUCGUCGGCCUUUUGUUUAUUAUUGAAGCUCUUCCAUCUGCGGCUGACGGAGGACCAGGUUAGGGAACUGCUCGACCACCCCGACUCGACGUAUCUACGGGUCAUGGGCAUGCUCUACGUCCGAUACGGCACCCCGGCCCCCGGCGUCGCAAAUCCUUGUCGCAAUUCUCAUGUCUAUACACGUAGGCGGCGACCCCAGUAUCUACUGGAAGUGGCUCGGCGAGUACUGCGACGACCUCGAGGAGUUCAGCCCCGGCAUCCAGCAGAUGCACACGACGACGGUCGGCGCCUUCGCGCGGCGGCUGCUCACCGUGGCGGAGCUGGACCUGUACGGGACGCCGCUGCCGCCCGUCGGGCCGAUCCUCGAGUACCGCUUUUCCGUGCACCUGGCCGCGCACGACGACGUGGCGAAGCGUGCCGUGGUGAACAAGCCCAGGCUCAGCACCUUGGCGGUCGGGGCCUCGGGCUUUCUGUGCUGCGCGCGGGACUUUUACGGCGAGGACGACGGCGAGGAGGACGCGAUCGUCUGGCGCGCCGACGGGGUCAUCGAGGAGGUCGAGCCGCCCUACGACGGCGCGCCCGAGGGCACGCUGCCGCGGUUCAAGAUUAAAUUCUCCGACGGGGCGACGGCGAUGGCGAAGCUCGGGAUGCUCCGCUUCCCCGAGGAGGCCAAAAAAAAGCGCUCGCGGAGCCGCCGCCGCGACCGGCGCCGCUCGCGCAGCCGCAAGCGCGACCGCGCGGCGCCGCGGUCCCGUUCCCGCUCGCGCGACCGGCCGCCCCGCGCGCGGUCCCGCUCGCGCUCGCGGAGCCGAGGCCGCGCGCCGCCGCCCCGCUCCCGAGACCGUUCGCGCUCGCGGAGUCGAGGCCGUGGGCCGCCGCCACGGGCGCGGUCACGUUCGCGGAGCCGAGGCCGCGCACCGCCGCCCCGUGCGCCGCCGCCCCGCUCGCGGUCGCCGCGCCGCUUCCGGCCCCUGAGCCGCGACCGGAGCCGCGAGUAUCGCCCCGCGCGGCCGCCUCCGCCGCGCCGCCGCAGUCCGUCGCCGCGAUGGCGCGACCGCGGCCGCUCGCCGCCACGCGGCUCGCCGCGGCGCCGCCGGAGUCCGUCGCCGCGACGAUGGCGCGACCGUUCACCGCCACGCCGCUCGCCGCCGCGAUGGCGCCGGAGUCGCUCUCCGCCACGCCGCUCGCCGCCGUCGCGCUACCGCCCGCCACCGCGCGGGCCGCCACCGCGCGGUCCGCCGGCGCCCGAACGUCGCCGCGACACUGAUGCUGUGGAAGACGAUACGCGGUGGAGGCCCUAA